GCUCGGUGAGUGCAGGGAAUGCUUAAUGCCGCUGUUGAUCAUCUGACCCAGGGCAUUUUAAUGUUUGCAUUCCAGAGACCGUGUUGUUAUAGACUGCAACGGCACAAUACCUUGCUUCGAUCAGGAGGUGUCCUCAGUUUUCUUGAUGGCGAGCUAAAAAAGCGUUAAGUGAACACAACCGGUUUUCUGCGAAGUUUCCAAGGUACCUCCGAUCAGAUUUGGAUAUUCGUCACUGUGCUGUCAUGUUAGUGCAAGCUUUUUGUUAAAAUUUUCCCAGUAAGCGUUUUUACUUUAGUAUAUUAAAAGUAUAUACAGUACUGUGUUUAAAUCCAAAUCAAUUCGACAGCUUUCAGCACAUAAUUCAUUUGUAUGUACAGUGUUUGUUUAUUGCAUAAAUGUAAAUUCCUCAUUGACCGAUAGCAAUCAGCUAAGUACGGUACCCCAUUUUAUAGUAGCACCUUUAAAGAAGAAUACUGACUAGCACCAGCACAAUAUGCAUUUGGAUUACAAUCGGACUGAGCAACCUGAGUUCCUUGAUGUGAAGAGUUACAUUUACUUCAUCCAUACUUACAUUUUUACAGCAAAAAGUCAGAACAGUUUCUCUGGUGGAAAAGUACAAAGAAGUAUACUGCUAACUAAAGUGUGAUAUAAAACAGCUUAAGAACUUUUAUAAAAUCUCUCCAUUCGUUAAGAUCCAUAUUUAAAGCAAUGGCUCUCUGUUUGGGACAAGUUUUUAGCAAGGACAAAACGUUUCGGCCUCGCAAACGAUUUGAACCUGGUACACAGCGUUUUGAACUAUACAAAAAAGCUCAGGCAUCUUUGAAAUCGGGCAUAGACCUACGCAAGGUAGUCCAACUACCUGAAGGAGAAAACAUUAAUGACUGGAUUGCUGUACAUGUGGUGGACUUUUUUAAUCGUAUCAAUCUCAUCUAUGGUACAGUAAGUGAAUUUUGUACUGAACGAUCUUGUCCUGUCAUGUCUGGUGGACUGCGCUAUGAAUACCGGUGGCAAGAUGGAAAUGUAUACAAGAAACCCACCAAACUACCUGCCCUUAAAUACAUGACUUUGCUCAUGGACUGGAUUGAAACGCUCAUUAAUAAUGAGGAAAUCUUCCCUACAAGAGUAGGUGUUCCUUUCCCCAGAAACUUCCAGCAGGUCUGCAAGAAAAUCCUGAGCCGCCUGUUCAGGGUCUUUGUCCAUGUCUACAUCCACCACUUUGACCGUAUCUGCAGCAUGGGGGCAGAGGCCCAUGUCAACACCUGUUAUAAACAUUACUACUAUUUCAUCACUGAGUUCAGCCUCAUUGAUCAGUCAGAACUGGAGCCUUUGAAAGAGAUGACUGAAAAGAUCUGCAUUUGACUGCUCCAGUGAAGUCCCACAGACGGACUGCUUUUCACUGUGACCGUUAAGCCUCGACUCUCAAGAAGUAGAUGGAAUUUAUCUAGAAGACUCAUGAAGUGCCCUACCAAUUAAGUAAAGCUGAUAAACCAAGAUUCAUUGAGAAAGUUUUUGGCCAUUAUUUUUUGAGAGGUUGUACUUGCUAAGACUAAUAUAAUGAUGUCAUUUCCAUUCAUGUCUUAUGGUGAGAAAACCAGAAUAAGGCUAGAGAGUAUGCUAUUAAAACACAUUUUUUAAAAAGUUUCAGGUGUAAUAUUUUUACAGUUGAAAAUGUUUAUAUAAAAAAAAAAAGAAAAGGAAGGAGUAUGUACUAAUGUACAGAGUAGGCUGUACAGCAGCAGUUUUCAUACCCCAUGCUAGGGGAACCUAAUGACUGCUGUUCUGCUCUCCAACACAUUUCUGCAUCAAUUACUCAUUCUUGGUUUUAACUAAACUCCUUUGUAAUUAGUCAACACUUGUGUAGUAAUUCUACAGUGGGGGGAAAAAAGUUGUAUAUUAAUAUACCUAUAUAUGUUCAUAACACAUUUAGAAACAAUUGUAUUUUUCCACAGUACUGAGAGAUAUCUCUCUUCAUUUCUGAUCCAGUGUUUUCUCUGGAGUUUGCUUCCUCAGCUAUAUCCAUAUUAUGACAUUUAACAAUAAGUGAAGCAAACACAGGUGCAAAUGACAAUGAACACUACAGGAACAGCCUGUGCAGUGUCAUUUCCUCCUGUGUGCUCAUUAAUAAGCAAUAGCUUACUGUAAAGAACUACCGGUAAAUACUUCAAAAGAAAUACAGCAAAUGCUUAAUAAGCAAUAAAGUGUG